AUGAAACUCUCACUCGUUCGAUUAAGAAGCAGAACAUUGUGGAAAAAAGGUGCAAACUUUAGUGGUUUUUCUAUUCCUCCAAAAACAAUUCCAGUACCUUAUGUUAAAAGAAUCCACAUUGUUUAUAAUGACUUGGGAAAUUUAUCUUCUCAUUACUUCAACAUAUCAGGUUACAAUCUCCUAACUUCUGUUAUUGGUUUCAUGGUUUAUGAUGCACCAUCACAUAUUAGUAGUAUUACAAAUCUUACAAAGAUUGAUCUUAAACCAAUGGAACAACCUAUAUCGAUCGAGUUCAAGAAUCUAACAGAGAUGAAGGAAAGAACUAAGUGUGUUAUGUUUGAUGAAAAUGCUGCAGUAGGAAAGAUGGUGUUGGGAAUUUUUAAAGCCAAGAAAACAUGUGAAAUGGAAAGAGAAGCAGAAGAAGAAGGGAGCCUCGGCGCAGCUGGUAAAGCUGUUGUCAUGGAGGUCACGGUUCAAGCCGUGGAAACAACCUCUUGCAGAAAUGCAGGGUAA